AUGCGGACGCCUCCCGCAUUAGUAGCACGAAGUCUGUCUCGGCGCAGAAGGCAACCCACGCUGAUUAGCACCGGACCAUGGCGGAUGCGGCGAGACAGCAAGGCAUUGUGGAAGGCCGCGGGCGACGAUAGAGGUCAAAAGCAAUUGUCGGCCAGACACUGCAUCCAUCCCUUCUCCAGUCGUGGCGGUUCUCCGUUCCACUGGAUCAAGAAGGGUAAGGAUGAGAGAGGCGCCGUGACGAACGCCUUGCGCGAAACACUACUCAGUUUUGGCGGCAGCGUCGCCACCGACCUCAUGGGCCUCCACGAGCAGGAACCGACGCGCGGGGACGUCGCGCCCGAUCCUCAACCGGAUCCCGCUCCCGUAGCCCUACCCGCCCCCGCGCCCGUGCCCGCCCCCGCUCCCAUCAAACCCGAACCCAAGCCGUCGCCCCCCGCGCGCGCCCCGCCCGCCCUCCGCAAGGAGAUGGAGUCGCGCGCGGCCCACGGCGCCCCGCUGGUGGCGGUGCCGGUGGCGAAGGCGCACCCGAUGCCGGCGGCGCUGCCCCCCGCGCGCGCGCCCCCGCGCCCGCCCGCGCCCCCGCACCUGCCCCCCGCGCCCCCGCACAUGCAGCCCCCCGCGCCCGCGCCUCCGCCGCCCGCGCCCCCGCAGCUGCGCCCCAACUCGAACGUGAGUUUCGUGCUGCAGCCGGUGAUGCCGCCGCUGUACGGGCCCCCGCGGCUGGCGCCCCCGCACGCGGGCGGCCCGCACGUGUUCCCGAACGCGUACUACGAGUGCUCGGGCCCGUGGCACUUCUACGAGAGCUACGAGCGGGCGCCGGGCAACGUGAACCUGAACUUCAACCUGCCGCCCAAGAGCCUGGUGGUGAACGGCCGCGGCGGCUCCGUCGAGUGCCGCGCCGCGUGUCGGGAAGGUGAGCUGCCGUACCCGCCGCAGCCGCAGGGCUGCUGGAUCAAGCCGACCAUCUUCUACGACGGGUUCUGGACCGAGCAGAAGGUGAAGAAGUGGGUCGCCGAGCAGGUCGAGAAGCAGUUCCCGGAGGACGCGGCGCCGGAGCCCUCGCCCGCCCCGCCGGACCACCCGAAGCCCUGA